AUUCUUUGCAUUUUCUCUCCCUAGUGGGUUUGUUCUUCUGAGUCGAGGAAGUGGAAGAAAUUUUGUUGAAUCUGGAUUGGAAGGAUUAUGGGAUGGGAAAGAUGGGAACUUGGACCUUUUUUUGGCUGUCUUCAUGGGGGCAUUUGAAUGUUGGAGCUGUAACAAGAUUUUCUCUUUUCAAUUUCAUGUUUUCUGCUAGGAUUCUGGUUUCUGAUCCAGUUUUCUUUUCUGGGUAUCGUGUAAAAUUUGAUUAAUUUAUAUUGCUUUUAACUUGUUUGUGUCUUCUUCUAUGGCUAAAGAUGAGGAGGUUGGAAACAGAUUUCCCCAUGAAGAUACCUCCAUGCCCAAUUUCCAUACAGAUCUGCUACAGAGGUUCAUGUCUAGCAACCAUUUGUCUCACAAAAGACAGCUAAAGAAUGAGGAAGAUGAAGAAGAGAUAGAGCUUAGCUUGGGGCUUUCGUUGAAUGGUCGAUUUGGGGUAGACCCAAGAGCUAAGAAACUCACUAGAUCAUCUUCAAUACCAGAUUUUCUCACAAAUCCUUUGAGAAAAGAUUGUAAUGAGAAUUCUUGUGGGUUUCCUGUGGCUUGGGCACCUCUGGUGAGGACUUCCUCUUUGCCCACAGAGACAGAGGAGGAGUGGAGGAAGAGGAAGGAGUUGCAGACGCUGAGGAGAAUGGAGGCAAAGAGGAAGAGAUCAGAGAAGCAGAGGAAUUUGAAAGCUGCUAGAAACAGGAGUAAGGGUUCUGGUGAAGAGAAUUGUGAAGAAGAUAAAAGGGAAGAGAUUGUUAAUGGAAAUUCUAAUGAGUUUUUGCCUUUUGGGGUGCCCUCUUGGCUUAAUGGUGGCCGAGGAGUUGGUCGGAUUGAAGUAAAAGGUGAAAAGACCACUGAUUUACCACAAGCUGUGGCAGCACCACAGGGUUCAAAUGGAUCACUUGGGAGUGGUUCCUCAGGGAUGUCAGAAUUUGAGGGUCAAUCAGUUCAAGGGACAAACAAAUGUCUUGAUGCAAGGAGCCCUUCUAGUGUUCAAUCUACAAUAGAAACUGAGCAGAGAGAGAGAGUCAUACAGGGUAGACUCCAGACUCAAGGAUCAGGCAAUUUUGCUGGAGUUGCAAUUGAGACCCCUCCUGGAAAUCCAGCUGUAGCUGACAAGGGAGUCAAGGAAGUGGUGAGGAACAUUUUGGAAGACAUGCCGUGUGUAUCAACAACAGGGAAUGGCCCCAACGGGAAAAGAAUAGAAGGCUUCCUCUACAGAUAUAGAAAAGGCGAGGAAGUGAGAAUUGUAUGUGUUUGCCAUGGCAGCUUCCUCUCCCCGGCUGAGUUUGUCAAACAUGCUGGUGGUGGUGAUGUAGCACACCCACUGAAGCAUAUAGUUGUUAACCCUUCUCCCCUUUUGUAAUGCAUUCAAGGGAGAGAAAAUCUAGAAAGGUCAAUGAAUUUUUAUCUUCAUUAAUUUCCAACGAGUCUUUUCUUUGAUUCUGGAAGAGGGUACUUGUGUUUUCCUUUGAGAAAUUAAACAUGAAGCAAUGGAUGGUAAUUCUUGUAUCUGCCUUCUGCUUACGCUCUUAAUCUGGAGAAAAUAUGGUGUGUGGUAUCCGGAAGCUAAGAUGAUUCUCAUGCUCAGGUCCCUGAAACUUGUAAACAACAAAAAUUACAAAUUAAUGAAUCAAGCAAGUUUUAGUACACGCACAGGUUUAGGUGUCAACAAGUUAUGUCGCUUAAGAAAUCAUCGUCCUCCAAAAGAGAAGAGAAUGCUGAAUCAUAAUCUUUCUGAUAAAAUUCUUUUAAAAAAUCUAAUGUAAGAACAUAGGUUUUCUGGCAAACAGUUGUGUGUGUUUGAUAUCUUGGACUAGAAGAGAAGGAAAGAAGACAACAAAGAAAAAGGAAAAAUGAAAAAGCACAAGCCAAGAAGCAAGAUGUCAUUAUCAAUGUUUACUGAGAAGGGGACAUGCUUUGUUCAUUGUCUUGUUAGCGAAAAUGCAAGUGAAAAAAUGGUCAGAAAAAGAAAAUUGGAUAUCAAUA